UGCAUCCGGCCAUGUUAGUUAGACUAGGUUACAAGCACGCUGUAUACAUCUAUCUGUUUACUAUUACCCCUUCAUACUCUCCUAACGUCGCCUCUGCUGCGAUGGUACCGGGCGUUCGCCAUAUAUUGGCUUUGCAGAUAAUCUCAGAGUGAGAGAGGACGGCUAAAAGGCUAUCAGCCUUAGUAUAGACACACAUCACACAGUAUCAACACUCAGACCGUCUACUUCUACCAGCUGACGACCUGCUAGUUACACCGGAGUACAGUCGUCCAUGGAACCUCCAUAUCAGCGCCCAGGAUUCGAACUCAGGUAAUCCUGAUAACUUCGAAGGCAACUGUUUGUGCUGGGCUCCUAACUUUACAACACCCAAGAUGGCGUUGAUUGAACAGGGUGAUUCGGCUCCCCCGGAAAACUGCCAGCGGCUUGUGAUUCUCGGAUCUAGUAAAGUGGGUAAGACUUCUCUCGUGGCUCGAUUUCUGUACAACAAGUUCGACGAUAAUUACACCCCUACCAUAGAGGAUUUCCACAGGAAAGUGUACCGGAUAAAAGGUGAGGCCUACCGGUUGGAUUUAUUGGACACUUCCGGUAACCAUCCAUUUCCGGCCAUGAGGAGACUUUCCAUGAUUACAGGUGACCUGUUUGUACUAGUGUACAGCAUCGACAACAGAGAUUCGUUUGAGGAAGUAUCAAAGUUGUGUAAACAGAUCCAAGAGUGCAAAGGUCAAUGCCGGAAAGAGACAAAACGGCUAGCUCACGUGCCGAUGAUGAUUGUAGGAAAUAAAUGCGAUAAAGAGAAACACAGAGUUAUCGACCCUUCGGAACCGGAAAUGCUUAAAGAAGCUUACCAUCACUGUGGUUUUCUUGAAACAUCCGCCAAAAAGAACAUCAAUGUUGAGGAAUCAUUCCAGAAUUUAUUUGAUCUCGCUAAGUUGCCUGCAGAAAUGAGCCCGUCGUUACAUCGGCGUGUUCAACCCUCAUACAUCGGCGGAAAUAGUUCGCAGUCGGGAAAGCGAGGGAUGUCUAUAAGGCGCAAAAUGUCAGAUGCAUGUGGAACCAUUGCGCCAAACGUGCGUCGGCCAAGUAUUCGUACGGACUUGUUAGUGGCGCAAAUGCGUACAAACACUAGUGGUACUGUCACUAAAGUGCCACCAACUCCCACUAGUGAUAGACACAGGACUGAGUUGCGGUGUGUGAUUCAGUGACUUUCCACAAGUGUACUAUCCAAACAUACAAUGACCAAAUUAUAUAUUUUAUAUUCAUGUAUAAAUAUGUGUUGGAUGUUGGUGUCGGUAAGCCUUGAUGUCCAAAACUGUAAAAUAAAAUGUGUCUUUAAAGUAAA